ACCUGUGUCGCGUACAAUGGACACGCCCCAGCACUACUCCGGCCUCGUGUACAACCCACACGCUCCCCAGCCACACCAUAUCGCUGACUCCUCCCUGUCCCAGUCCUAUCCGCAGGACAUGGCCUGGCAAGUCCCCCAGCAUCCCUCCGCCAACGUCAACACCCUGGGCCACGUCCAGAUGCAGUCUAUGAUGCCUCAUUCUCAGGAACAUGUCGAGUAUGCCGUUCCUUCUGCCCAACAGUCCUUUCUUUCACGCCAUGCACAAGACUUUUCGCACCACCAACCCCCUUCACCUUCUGUCGAUUCCAGCACCUCUAGCAAUCUAAUGUCCUUCGAUUCCCCCCAAAUCCCUGGCAGUAUUGGCCCGGACAGAAACCUUUCGCGUCGUCGUCUUCGCCCGCCGAGCGCAGGACAAAGUCGCGGAGAGCUCUCAGAGUACGCAGCUAUGACUGAGCCUCACGACUCCGUUCAGCACUCCCACUACUCCAUGCAGGGCUCGCGCCCUCAGACGCCCAACGCCACAGGUGCACCAGAGCAGUUCGUUCCGCAACAUGAACAACCUCACUUUCGUUUUCCCACCUCAACCGUGGCGUACCCUCGUCCCGACCUGCAUCCACCCUAUGGCGAGCCGCCGCAGAACCCGUACCCUAGACCUCCGGGCUCGACCUCAAGUUCAACCGCCUCCUCGAGGUCCAAUCCACGCUCCGCCUCCCCAGCUUUGAGCACCGCCUCGGUUAUGACCUCUGUGUCUGCGGAGUCCGGCGUGAUGAAGAACUCCAAGGCGGAUUCGGAGUGGGACCAGCUCAGCGGGCGGAAGCAGAGCAAAAAGACGCGCCUUUCCAAUCUCGAUCGCAGGAACAUUUGCAUAUUCGCGUUGCAGAACCCCGGACACAAGCAAGAGGAUAUUGCUAACCGUUUUUCCGUCGAGCGAAGCACCGUCAGCAAGAUUCUAAAGCAAAAGGAACGCUGGUUGUCGGUGUCGGUUACCGAGCAAUACGAAGUAAUAAAGCUUAGGCCUUCCAAGUUUCCCGACCUUGAGUACCGCCUUGCGGAGUGGGUGGAAACCGUCUCAAAGGACGGCGUCGUCCUCAGCGACGCGCUCUUGCGGAGCAAGGCCCGCGAGAUUGGCAACGCAGUUGGAUACACCUUGGACAAGUUCAAGGCUAGCUCUGGCUGGUUAGAGAACUUCAAGCACCGCCAUGGCAUCAAGCGCGGGGUGUGGACGGGCUCCGGGACCUCCCUCCUCAAGGCGCGCGCGUGCGCCUUGGACUUUCAGCCUUCGGUCCUCGAGGAUUGUCCACCUGGACCGUUCCUCGUCGACAAGCCUUCGGACGCGGCUGGGUCUUCUCAUACCGGGUCCUCUCGCACGGGUGGAUCGGCGCAGCAAGGCCCCCAAGUCAUGCAUCCAUCAGCGUCCCUUAACGUUCAGCCUAGCUGGUCGCGCACAAACGAGGCAACUUCCAACGAUCAUGCAUCGACUUCUGCCCUCAUGUACCCUCCGAGCGAUCAGUCGUCUUAUGCGAUCGCCUCCGAAGACCAGCAACCGGUCGCCGGCGCGACCAUGCCCACCGCAGAGCCAGUAGCCAUCUCGCUCGAUCCGGAGGACGGUGGCGAGGGAGGCCAGACCUAUGUCAUGCCCAACAUGCCCGAGAUCCUUGAACGCGAGGACGUCCCCAGUGUCGAUGAUGCGGAGAGGGCGAUUAAUAAGGUCCUGGCGUACGCCCGCGCCAACCACGGGGAGCUCGAGAUCGACGACCCCGGCUUCGAGAAGUUGCUGGAACUCAAGUACAGGCUUUUCUAUAAGGCGACCGGACAGCCGUUCGAUGCCCGCUGCAUGCCCAAGCACGCGUCGACAUGACUGGGCAGCCCACAUCCGGUCCGCGUUGCAACCUCGGGACGCCGUGCGCUCCGGUGCUGACCACCGAGGAUCAGCGACGGCGUGGUCGCGCAGGGCGGGUGGACUGUUCGCAAGGUUUGUAUGACCAAAAAGGUUUCCUGCAGUGUAUUUUGAACUUUCAUGUUGGGCUCUCGUCGUCGUUAUUCUUGCACAUGGACUUGUCAUCGUCAUCAUCAUCAUGCAUUGUUCCCCGCAUCAUUCCACUCCCAUUGCCAUCCACUCCACGAUUCUCGUUCGCCUCAUACCAUACGUUCCCUUCCCCCUCCCAGAUACGACACGCCCGCCAUUACCAUUCACGAACCGUCUCUUCUGCAUCAUGCAUCGCAUCAUCGCCAUUGUUCCACCACCGCCAUCACAUGUCAUCCAUGUUUCCUCUAGCAAGUAGGGUACACCUGUCCGUUCGUCAUGCCAUCGCAUUUUG